AUGGCUGCUGGUGGUCGGAGUGGGCAAUCUAUCUCCGGCCAGGUGCGCGUGCAGAUCCUCGCGCACAUCGAAGGCACUGCCCCCGCCGUGCGGCUGCGUUUCGUGGUGCCGGGCACCGCGCCGGCACGGAAGCUGAUGAUGGCCUGGUGCUUGCGGCAGCACGUGAGCCUUACGGAGGUGCGUUUCAGCUUGAAGGUCGAGGGCCACUGGCGCGAGCUGCCGCCUGACGAGACCUUGGACGCCUUGGCGUCGGCGCGGGCGGCGGCGGCGCUCUCCUCGCCGCUGGAAAUCUUGGCCGAGCCAAGGAAUGCUGAGGACAUGGUGGAUCAGGAGAAAGCUCCAGAGGCCGCGCGCCCGGCCACGCCGCACCCCACGACCCCCACGGCCCCCCGCGCCGCGCCGGCCGUGGCGAGCGCGAGCACGAGCGCUGGUGCAAGCCCAGCGACGGGUGCUGGUGGCGAUGAGGGCAUCCGAGUGAAGGUGCAAAUGGUUCCACAAGGGAUUCUGAAGGACCGUGUGAAGCAGAGUGCGACCGAGCGGGCCCUCAGCUUCAAUACCAAGAUGUUUGCACCACUGGGAAAGGCCAUCCGGAAGUGGUGUGAACAUCAGCAGCUCUUACCGGACACGGUGGUGACCUUUCACAAGGGCAAGAAGCUGUCAUGGGAGAGCAGCCCAGCGGCCGAGGGCUUCCGGCCCGGUGAGUUGAUCCUCUUCGACCUGGUUCUGCUGAGCGAUGCCACGCAACUGGCCGUGCAGGAGGCCAAACGGGUGCCGAUCGCAGCUUCGGCGGAGGAGGUGAAGAGCUUUCCCAUCAGCGUGCAGGUGCGGAGCGAGCUCUUGGAACAGGUGGACUUUAAGAUGAAGUCGACCACGCCUUUAGUGAAGAUGAUCACGCGGUGGCGCCAGCAGCAGAACCUCCGUGCCACCGCCGUGGUACGCUUCCGUGAAGCCGAUGCUCCCGAUGGCCGUGCGGACAUCGUGGCCACGGACACGCCAGAGGGCCGCGGCUGGGCGCCGGCAGAAAACGAGGUGAUCAUUGUGGAUGCUUACAUUGAAGGACAGGAAGCUGCCAAGAAGAAGGCCGGAGUGGACACUGUUCCACCCAAAGCCGUUGAUGAGAACGCCGCCAGUCCCGCGGCGGCGUGCGCCGCCGACGCCGCGGCUUGCCCGGCAGGGUCGGAAGGUGCAGAGAAGGAGAGUGAAGAGAAGGUGGAUGCAGCUGAGCAGCCUCCUUCAGUGAAGCAGGGAGCUUCAGAGCCUCCAGCGAAGCAGCCUUCUUUGGAGAAGCAGGAGCUCCCCACCGGCCAGGCCGACCAGAGUGAGACGAAGACGGGAGAGGCCAAGACGGAGGCCGAGAAAUUGGAGAAGGUGAAUGUGGAAGUCAUUGCUUGGGAUCAGGAUACUUGUCACAAUGUGAACUUCAAGAUGCGACCCGACUCCAACUUCGAGAAGCUCAUGGCCGCAUGGUGUAAGAACUUCGACCUCGACGUGAGCGAGGCCAUUUUCGAGUACCAGGGCCAGCAGAUCACGCCGCAGGAUUCUUUCACGAAACUGGGUUGGCAGAGCUCCAUGGGCACGCCCAAGAUCGAAGUGAAGCCGCGGCCGCAGCCAGUUCCACCAGCGCCGGUGGCACCGGAGACGGUGCCGGAGCCAGUGCCGGAGCCAGUCGAGACGCAGGAGGAGGAGUCCUUACCCGAGACCCAGCCGGGCGACCUUUUCGCAGCGGCCGAAGCCGCCGAGGCUGCGCAGGCUGCGGAGAUGACGACGACGGAGGAGGACGGCAAGAUCGAGGUGCAUGUGAUGGCCCAAGGGGAGGAUGGUCCAAACAUUUUGGACUUCAAGAUGAAGCCUGAAACGCCCUUCGAAGCGGUUUUGAAGGCUUGGUGCAAGCAUCAUGAGAUUCCACAGGACCAGGUGCUCUUCAACUUCCAAAACGCCCCACUACAGCCGCAGCUGAGCCCCAAGAGCGUGGGAUGGCAGAAGGAGUUCGGCAUUCUGGAGAUCGAGGCGCGGCCAGUCGAGGAAGAACAGCCGGAGGUGAAAGAGCAGGCCCCAUCGACGGAGACCUCCGCAGAAAAGAUCGACGUGCGAGUGGUAGCAGAUGCGGAGAACGGUGAAAAUGUGGUCGACUUCAAGAUGAAGUUUGGAACAACAUUUGGCAAGAUGAUGGCUCGCUGGUGUGCCCAUCAAGGAAUACCACGUGAGCAAGCUUGUUUCAAAGUCGGCGAACGAGAGCUAGCGGAUGAGGACACUCCGCACACCGUGGGGGCGAGCGGUGAUGUCCUGGUGGUGCGGGUCAUGCCCCACAGUGAGAAGACGUCCGCCCCGCCGCCGGCGUCUAGCGCAUCUUCCAGUGCCAGCGCGGGUGGAUUGGCCUCAUCGCCUUCGAGGCCUGAGAACAAGGCAGACAUGCCCAAGCCCAAAGAGACCAGUUCCAGCGAAGUGGAAGACGAGAAGCUGGAGGUGAAGGUGGUGGCCGACUGCGCGGGCGGCGCCAAUGAGACGAGCUUCCUCUUGCGACGUUCCACCCCGCUUGGGAAGAUGAUGCAGGCCUGGUGUGAUCAUCAUGAGCUUCCACUGGCCGAGGCAAAGUUUCUACUGGAAGGUCCUGGUUCGCGCGUGUUGACGCCUGAGGACACCUUACAAAGCCUCGGCUGCCGUGAGGUGGUGAUCCGAGCGGUCCCCACCGAGCCUGAUGCAAAGCCGCCGGCAACAGCAGCACCUGCCACCAAGCCGGCAGCUGCCGCGCCUGCGGCCGUGCCUCCACAGGCCAGCGCAAACAUCAAGCCGCCUGCGGCCGUGCCUGCUGCACCGGCCAAGCCGGCGGCAGCCAAGCCGGCAGCCAAGCCGGCGGCAGCCAAAGCUAAGCCGGAGGCCAAGCCGGCGGCAGCCAAAGCCAAGCCGGAGGCAUCCAAGCCAGCGGCAGCCAAAGCCAAGCCGGAGGCCAAGCAGGAGGCAGCCAAGCCGGCUCCGAAGGAUGCGAAAGCUCAGAUCGAAGUGCGGGUGGUGGCGGACGCGGAGAAUGGCGAGAACGUGGUGAACUUUAAAAUGAAGCUGGGGAUGACCUUCGGAAAGAUGAUGGCGCGCUGGUGUGCCCAUCAAGGAAUACCGCGUGAGCAAGCUUGUUUCAAAGUGGGCGACAGAGAGCUCCAAGACGAGGACACCCCCACCGACCUGGCGCAGAGCACCGAGGACGUUCUGGUGGUGCGCGUGAUGCCCCACGAGAACAAGACGUCAGAGAGCAAGGCAGAUACGCCUGAAGCACCGACGAGGCCUGAAAGCAAGACAGGCACGGCCACCACGGCUGACACGGCCCAAGCCACCAGGCCUGAAAGCAAGGCAGACACGACCAACACGGCCGAGGCCCAACAGAGCAGGCCUGAAAGCCAGGCGGACACGAGCAACACGGCCGAGGCCCAACAGAGCAGUUCGGACGAGAAGUUGGAGGUGAAGGUGGUCGCGGAUUGCGCGGGUGGCGCCAACGAGACGAGCUUCCGGAUGCGCCGGUCCACGCCGCUGAGAAAGAUGAUGGAGGCCUGGUGCGAGCAUCAUGAGCUGUCGCUGGCCGAGGCAAAGUUUAUGCUCGAGCCUGAGCAGAGAGUCUUAAUGCCCGAGGACAGCUUGCUGACCUUGGGCCUGCAGAAGUCGGUGCUGGUGCGCGCGGUCCCCACUGACGCCGACCCCGAGCCGGCACCAAUCCCUGAGCCGCCAGCCGCGGCCGCCGUCCAGCCGGCCGCUGUCGAGCCCCCAGCAACUGCUGCGGCCACGGCGGGAGCGGCACAGGAGGAGGCCCUUGCGACGGAGGCGGCCAUGCCCGAGACGGAGAAGGAGGAACCGAUCGAAGUGCGGGUGGUGGCUGAUGGGAAGAACGGCGAAAAUGUCAUCAACUUCAAGAUGAAGCUUGGAACAACCUUUGGCAAACUGAUGGCUCGCUGGUGUGCACAUCAAGGGGUGCCGCGCAAUCAAGCUUGCUUCAAGGUGGGCGAAAGAGAGCUCACCGAUGACGACACUCCCCAGACCGUGGGUGCCACCGACCGUCCCGGAGCCGAAGUCCUGGUGGUGCGCGUCGUGCCUUGCAGCCCUGCCAAGAAGCGCAAGAGCAGCGAGGGAGGCACCCCCAAAGCCAAGGCCAAACGUACCAGUUCAAGCGUUGCCGAUGAGAAGCUGGAGGUGAAGGUGGUGGCAGAUGGUGCAGAUGGCCCGAGCGAGAUGAGCUUCCAAAUGCGGCGGUCGACACCUCUGGGGAAGAUGAUGCAGGCCUGGUGCGAUCACCACGAGCUGCCCUUGGCCGAGGCGAAGUUUCUCCUGGAACGGCCCCAGCAGCGGGUCCUGACGCCUGAGGACACCUUGCAGGGCAUCGACUGCCUGGAGGUGAUCGUGCGCGCCGUCCCGGCCGAUGCGGAGCUGCCGGAGUCCUUGCAGCGCGCGGAGCCUCCGCCCGAGCCCACAGCGAAGGCGCCGAAGGCGAAGGCGCCGAAGACGGCGCCGAAGGCCAAGGCCAAGGGCCGAGGCCGUGGAAGAGGACGAGGCAAGAAGAAGCGCAAGUCCAGCGACGAAGCGGAGGAGUCUCCCACGGACCUUCCCGACGCAGCCGGCGCGCCUGGCGUGCCCAGCGCCGCGCAGAGCGUGGUGGCCGCGGCGACGCCGUCGCCGGCGCGGCGGUCGCAGCGGCUGAAGAGCCAGCCGCAGGUGACGACGGCGACGCUGGUGCAUCACGUGCCGGUGAAGAGGAGGGAGUCCAAGGAGGGCCAAGCAAAAGCCGACGCAGCUGCGCGGAUGAGCUUCCGGGAGUACUUGGCCUAUGACCGGGAGCAGGAGAAGCAGCGGAACCAGGCACGUUUGGAGCGGCAGAAGCGGAAGUUCGUCAACGGUGACAGCGACGAUGAGGACUUUCAUCUGGCGAUGGCGCUCUCCCUCUCCGAAAGCCAAGCGGAGUCGCCGCAGGAGGACUCGGCCGGGACGUCCGCCACCGACGCCGCCGAAGCUGUGUUCCUUAAGGUCGCCACGCAAACCUCGGUGAACCGACCCUUUCGGGUGGCCGCCGACCUGGUCCGCGGCUCGCCCCGCGAACUCCGCGCGAAGCGCGCCAUCCAACCGCUGCGUGCGGAGCGACAAACACCGUGCGACGGAUGCGGUGCAGGGAUGAGGGCGGCGGUCUCCGCCACUUUCAGGGCGCUCCUUGUGGCCUUCCUUUGGGCACCCUGUUCGGCCCUUCGUUCUGACAAGUUCACCAUCCGCGACUUUGAGAAUGAGACAGUGGAGGGGUUGAACCCUCCAAGUCGCUUGGGUCAUCAUGUGAGUCGCAUUGCUUCAAGAACCGUCCAAUCAGGCUUAAGAAAUGCCAAGCCGACCAAUGCUUUGAAGGGGUUCCAGUUCCGCGGCAAGCCCGGUGGUGCACUCAAUGGAUUUGCCAAACCGCCUGGCUAUGCAUUCAGGGGAUUUGGCCCAAACCAGUUCGGCGGCGGGGGCCUGGCUCGAGGACUUGGUUCUGGCUUUGGACAUGGCCAAUUCGGCGGAAUGACCAACCAAUUCGGCCGAAUGCCCGGAAUGCCCGGCGGCGCCAAGCGUUUUGCUUCAGGCAAUGCGCAGGUGCUGACCAAGAAUGUGCACACACUGGGGUUCCAAAACCUGAACAGCCUGACGGGCAACAUGCAGCAACAGAUCCUCGGUCGAACUUCGGAACGCCUCGCGCGCCGCCGGCACAACGCUCUGCGCCCUCUUGCGUCCGCCGCGUCCGCCGCGUCGCCAGCGCGGUUGAGGAUCGUGAAUGCCGUGACCCGCGCCGCCGAGCUGCCCACGUCGGAGAUCGCCCAGUCGAUCCGGAGCUCCGCGUGGCACAUUUGGCAAGGCGCUCUCCACAAUGAUGUGCAUGUGCUGGUGACGCGCAGCGAAGUGGGGAUUGGAAGAGCCGCGAAGGACUUCGUGGGCAGGUUCAAGAUCCAGAAGGGAGGCAAGGAUCUGUAUGUGACCAUUCUCAAGCGGAGCGAGUUUGCGCCGCCCUUCAAGGUGAAUGUCAACUAUGGGGUUGGCCAGUCGGACAGAGUGUUGCUACGCUCCUUUGGUCAGGGCUUACGAUAUGUCCGGAACAUCUUUCAACGAGACAGUUUGGUCUACAUGAGAAGCUUCGGGAUUGCUUCAGGAAAGCUCGUGGGUGAAGCGGUGGGCUCGGGACUGUCGGAGUCCGGCAUGGCCAAGCAACUGGAGAGUGCCAUCCAGCAGAAAUGGGGCAGGGGUUGGAACAUCGUGGUGUCCAAAACCGAGAUGCAGGUGGCCGCGAAUGUCAAUGACAUCAUGGCGAAAUUCAAGGCCCGAGCCUUUAGCGCGGCGCGGCGGAUCCACCGAACUGGACGCCAAGUAGCACGGGUCUCCGGGACCGGGGACAGUCCGGGGCGGUGGAUGUUGACCGGAACCACGUGCGUCUGCCGAGGUCGGGGCCAGCGAGUUCGAGGGUGA